UUGGAGUGUGACAUCACGCGGAAGUAAACAAGUAGAAGCUAGUACUUGUCAAAUUAGCUGGAAUGCGGCAGUCGCGGCGCAGAUAAUUAUUUAAUUAGUAAUAAAGCCACAAUGUCUUCAGCUGAGUAUCUGAGAGAGUUUGUUAAUGAGAGACUAACUGCUGCUGCUCAAGAAAUACUCGGAGUUUUUCAGAAAACUAUCGUCGAGUACGAAGAAGAGCUCGACCGUCAGAGGAAAAUGUUGAUGAAUAUCGUUUGGGAACCCCGAAUUAAGUUGCACAGUACGGAGCUCCCACAGCAACAUGUCUGUAAGGAGGAGGAGGUUCUCUCUGAGCAGCAGCUCUGUAUUCAGGAGAGGAACUCCCGUGUGGACCAAGAGGAGCCAGAGCCUCCACAGAUUAAAGAGGAAGAGGAGGAAGAGCAUGGGACAGACGCCUCCAUGUUGAUUCCUCCUUAUGAGGACAGUGACCACGAUGAAGAUCAGAACCUGAACUUCAAUUCUGACGACACUCUGAGUGCAGCAGAGGAGGAGUUUCAGGUCGAUGUAUCAGGUAUAAGCCCCGUGGUAUCAGAAGAACACAGUUACCACCAGCUCCUCUCUCACAACUCUCCUGAAGCUGAGAGCCAACAUCAGAGAGGAGACAAACAUGGAGACUCAGGAGCAACUAGACAUACAGAACCAAAGCCAAAGAAAAGACGUCACAAAAGCAGAGGUUACAGUAGCACUGUGAACAACUCUAACUUGUCAGAGAUUCACCGUAAUACUCACACAGGUAAAAAGACUUUCAAAUGUGAAAAGUGUGGGAAUGAGUUUAAGUAUAGGGCAGCAUUUUGGAAACACCUGAGAGUCCACACAGGUGAGAAGCCAUACUCUUGCAAAAUAUGUGGAAAAGGUUUUAUAUAUAACAGCGGCUUGUUGGCCCACAUGAGAAUACACACAGGUGAGAAGCCAUUUACAUGCAAAACAUGUGGGAGGGCGUUCAAACACAACGGUGAGUUGAAAAUCCACACAAGAAGAGCCCACACUGGUGAGAAGCCGUACCUUUGCAAGUUUUGUGGGGAGAGAUUCUGCGACAUGUUGUCAUUGAAAAGGCACACGAGCAUCCACACAGGUCAGAAACCGUAUUCUUGCAAAAUAUGUGGGAAAGAUUUCGGAUAUAAUAGUCACUUGUUGGCACACGUGAGAACACACACAGAUGAGAGGCAGUUUAUAUGUAACACAUGCGGGGAAGCUUUCAGACGUAACUAUGAGCUGACAGUCCACAUGAGACGAGCCCACACAGGUGAGAAGCCGUACCUUUGCAAGUUCUGUGGGAAAAGUUUCUGUGAGAUGUCAGUGUUGAAAAGGCAUGUGAGAAUCCACACAGGUGAGCGGCCUUAUACCUGUCAAACAUGUGGGAAAGAUUUCAGACUUCAUAGUGGCCUGACAGUCCACAUGAGAAUCCACACUGGCGACAAUCCGUAUACCUGCAAAAUAUGUGGGAAAGAUUUUGGAUAUAACAGUGACUUUAAAAGCCACAUGAGAAUCCACACGGGUGAGAAACCAUAUUCAUGCAAAACGUGUGGACGAGAGUUCAGACGUCGUGACGGCUUACUGCUCCACACGAGAAUCCACACAGGUGAGAAGCCGUUCACCUGUAAAACAUGUGGUAAAGAUUUCAGACGGAACUAUGAAUUGACAGUCCACAUGAAAAGAGCCCACGCUGACGAGGAGUCGCAUCUUUGCCAGACCUGCGGGGAAAGAUUUGUUUCAGUGUCUGAACUGGAAAGUCAUACAAGCGUGCACACAGACACGUAGUUUUCUGUUGUAACACAUACAAGUGAGAACCCCAAUAACUGCAGCACUUGGGGAUUUUUUUUUCUCAAAUCACAUAUUUGGAAAAGAAAGAAAAUCCAAGGGAACAUUCGCAGGAGAAACCGUUGAGCUGAACCUCCUGUGGAGACGUGUUCACCAACUGAAUGAAACACUUUUGCCACAUCUGUUACUUCAUACAGUUUAUUUCCCACAAAGUUGAGAUGUCAAUAUCUUCUGUAAAAUUUUGCUUCACAUGAAUGUUACAUUUCUGUUGGCUCAAUAUUUUAUGUUUGAAACAGCUGUAAUCUCCCAAAUAAAGUAAACUGCACAGUGGCGGCUGUUACACUGAUGGUGUGAUUUGGAUGACU